AUGCAGAUCAAGAACGUUCUCUUCGCUGCUUCUCUGGCAGCCACUGCCUCUGCUCUCCCCAGCACCAAGUCCAACAACACCUUCGGCCUCGUCGCGAUCCACUCUGGCUCCGGCGUACAGUACUCCAGCUUCAAUGCUGCCAAGAGCAGUAUCUUUGCCGGUCUCAAGUCCCAGGAUGCCAGCUGCGCACGCCCCAAAGAACAAGACGCUACCUUCUACCUGAACGACGGAGCCCUGUAUCUCUAUGAUCAGUCCGCUACUCCUCAGGAGGUCUACGUUGAUCGCUCAGGAAUGGGCCAGGGCAAGAUCGGAUAUACCACAGGUGCUCAGCCCGCACCCAAGAACGCCGAGCGCAAGGGCUGGGCAACCAAGGAUGGCCACCUCCAAUUCGACGGUAACGACUUGAUUGCUUGCCCCAACAGCAUUGAUGGCGCUUGGUCUAUCUGGGCCGACGCUGGCGUUGCCAACCCUGCUGGAAACUCGGACUGCGUUGGCAUUGCUGCUCGAGUCGAGUCGACUUCCAACCCUAACGGUUGCGUCUACACCCAGUAG